UGUUUAACUGUAUGUAAACUAAAGUUGGUGUGCUACUGGGUGUGUGUAUAAUGAAGUGUGUGUGUGUGUGUGUGUGUGUGUGUGUGUUUGUGUCUUACUGGCUGGGUGUGUUACUGGCUCGGUGUGUUACUGGGAGUGUGUGAUACUGGCUCGGUGUGUAACUGGGAGUGUGUGUUACUGGGAGUGUGUGUAACUGGGUGUGUGUGUUACUGGGUGUGUCCUGGUGAAUCAGGUUCUCCCUCCUCGUCUUUUCUUCUCUGUCUCUGUUGAAACAUUGACUCGUUCACAUGGAUCCUUUCAGCCUCAAAACGUUUCUUCUCUUUGUCUGUUUGAUCGGCUGCGGCUCGGCUGUGGACAUCCUCCCGGAAGGCCCGCUGGAUGCCGUGCUGUCUCAGGACAUCGUUCUGGAAACGCUGCUCAUCAAACCAGAUUAUGCUGUUAUCAUCUGGAGCUAUAGUGAUGGAUCCGAGCAGAUAAACGUGGCCACCUUGACAUCCGCGGGGCAGAACACGAACAAGCCUUACGAAGGGCGUGCGGCCAUUAAUACGACCAACGGCUUCCUGACCCUGAAGUCUGUGACGUCAGCCGACAGCGGAGACUAUAGCAUCAAUGUUGUGACAUCGGUCGCUACGCUAACAGGCGAGAUCAAACUGCGAGUCCUGGAGCCGGUGUCUGGCGUCAGCAUCAAGUCCAACCUGCCUGAGGCCGUGGAACUCAACAGCACCGUGGUCCUCACCUGCUCGGCUCAGGGCUCCUUCCUCAAAUUCACCUGGACCAAUGGCUCCGCCCCCAUCGUCGCUGAUGGAACACGACUCACGAUUAAAGACGAGGAGCUGACCAGCACACUGACCAUCAAGCCUGUUCUCAGGUCGGAUCUGAUUGGUCCAAUCUUCUGCACCGCUGCCAACAAUCUGGAGAAAGAGAAAAGCCCCGCCUUCAAACUCACAGUCCACUAUGGUCCAGACAAAGUGAUGAUCUCUCCUGCCUCCACGCCUCAGUACAUCAAGGCGGGCUCUAACUUCAGUCUAGCGUGCUCCGCCCUCUCGUCUCCUCCCGCCACCUUCAGCUGGUUCCAGAACCAAACGGAGAUAAAGGUGCCGGGACCCGUUCUCUCUCUCGGGGCGAUCGAAAAGCUGGGCUCAGUGAAGACGGUGCAGGACUACACCUGCAGGGCGCAGAAUGCCAAGACCCUGCGCAGCGUCCCGUCUCCCGCUGUGUCCUUUGCUGUGAUGGAUGCCAUCUCUGGCACUAAAAUCACCGGUCCGACCGUGAUGCUCAUCGCUGGGAACAGCACAGCCAACCUGAGCUGCCGGGCCACGGCCGGCACCGUGAAGACCACCACCUGGAUGAAAGACGGCAAACCCCUGCCCGCGGACCCCCGCCUGGUGUUCGCAGCUGACAAGAGCUCCCUGAUGAUCAACCCGCUGCAGGGGGGGGACGCCGGACAGUACACGUGUCAGCUCUCCAACCCCGUCAACACAGAAGAAGCCUCGUUCAAGUUGGUGGUCAACUUUGGUCCUGAAACAGCGAUGGUGAAAGGCGAGGACGCUGUGGAGGUGAACGACCCCAUCACACUCACCUGCUCUGCAGCGUCCUACCCAACCGCCAACUUCACCUGGAAGUUUAAUGGCACAGCGACCGACGUGAAGACUGACAAGUACGUCAUCAAGGAGGCCAAAUACAAGAACACUGGAACGUACACGUGUGAGGCUCACAACGCUGUCACCGGGAAGACCGUCACAUCUAUCCACAAGCUGUCCGUCAAAGAGGAGGGAGCGCUGGACGAGGGUCUCUCAGACGGCGCCAUCGCUGGAAUCAUAAUUGCCGUCCUUGUCGCUCUUGCCCUCGCCAUUGGAUUGAUCAUAUACUGUCGACAGAAAGUUCCGGUCGAGUCUCCGUAUUAAAGACAGAUGCAGGCUGAAGAUUCUGCGACAAACAUCAGAUCAUUUUGCUUCCCAUGAUCCACCUGUGCAGCUGGGAGGCGUGUCCUCAUGGAACCAACCGGUUUCCUCUGAAGUUCCCGUCAAACCAGUUUGCCCAUCACCCUCCCCCUCUCCUCAUGGUCGAUGGCAAGAGGGAAAACUGGACCUUUUAAUUUGAAUGUUUUGUUUAAAGUCAGUUGAUGAUUCUGUGUUUGAAUCUUCACUGUUUAUCAACCUUUUUUUAACCUUCGUCUUCGUGACAUACGUCAGUGGAUCACCCCCCCACCCGGUUUACACAGAUGGAGACGUAUCGUGUGCAUACUCCGACACAAUGAGUGCUUAUCCUGAAACCUGAGAACACACACA